GCGUCUCUUUCUUUAAAGAAAAGACUCCAAGCUGGGAUUACCUUUCUCACACCUGCCACCACUGAUGCCCUCUCAAGGUUAGAGUUUGAGCUACGUGGGACCAGCUUAAUACCAAACGCCAUUCAAAAGGAGCUGCAUGAAGGAACAGCAGACACGGAAAGAAGAGCAACAGCACCCACCCAAUAACAUGAACAAUAGUUUGCAGGUUAACCUGCCCAGGAGUUGGGCUGGUUCAAAUAGCUCACUCCAGGAGAAGUCUGAGCACUCUUUUUUUCUUUUCUAUUACUACAGAAUGGAGGAUGAGGCGGUGCUGGACAGAGGGGCUUCCUUCCUUAAGCAUGUAUGCGAUGAAGAAGAAGUGGAAGGCCAUCACACUGUCUACAUCGGGGUUCAUGUGCCUAAGAGCUAUAGGAGAAGGAGACGCCAUAGAAGAAGACCUGGGCUAAAGGAGAAGAAGGAAAGAGAGAAAAUCUCUGAGUACUACUCCGACAAAUCAGAUGUAGAAAAUGCCGAUGAGACGAGCAGCGGCAUCCUUAAACCACUCAUCUCCCCCGCUGCUGAGCGAAUUCGCUUCAUUUUGGGUGAAGAAGAUGACAGCCCUGCACCCCCUCAGCUCUUCACCGAACUGGACGAGCUUCUGGCUGUUGAUGGACAAGAGAUGGAGUGGAAGGAGACGGCAAGGUGGAUAAAGUUUGAAGAGAAAGUGGAACAGGGCGGAGAGAGAUGGAGCAAGCCUCAUGUCGCGACGUUGUCCCUGCACAGCUUGUUCGAACUGAGGACGUGUAUAGAGAAAGGAUCCAUCCUGUUGGAUUUGGAGGCCACUUCUCUCCCUCAGGUAGUGGAGAUGGUUGUUGACAAUCAAAUUGAGACGGGCCUGUUGAAACUGGACAUGAAGGACAAGGUCACCUACACGCUGCUCAGGAAGCACCGGCACCAGACCAAGAAAUCCAACCUACGCUCUCUGGCUGACAUUGGGAAGACCGUCUCCAGUGCAAGUAGGAUGUUUACCAACCCUGAUAAUGCACGCAGCCCACUUGAGAGUUCUGUGCCCUGCCUAGCAACUCGCACGUUGGAUGAUGAAAUCCGAGUGCAGCGCAGCCCCAGCGUGGGAUGGCUAAGCAGUCCAGCCAUGACUCAUCGGAACCUGACUUCCACCAGUCUGAACGACGUCUCUGACAAACCUGACAAAGAGCAACUGAAGAAUAAGUUUAUGAAGAAAUUGCCCCGUGAUGCUGAGGCCUCCAAUGUGUUGGUUGGUGAGGUAGACUUCUUGGAAAACCCUUUCAUUGCCUUCGUCCGGCUGCAGCAGGCAGUUAUGCUGGGUGCUCUGACUGAAGUCCCUGUUCCUACCCGAUUCCUAUUCAUUUUGCUGGGUCCAAAGGGAAAAGCUAAGUCCUACCAUGAGAUUGGUCGAUCCAUUGCCACUUUGAUGUCGGAUGAGGUGUUCCAUGACAUUGCCUAUAAAGCCAAAGACAGGCAGGACCUGAUCGCUGGAAUCGAUGAGUUCCUGGAUGAAGUCAUUGUGCUUCCACCUGGGGAGUGGGACCCUGCCAUCAGGAUAGAGCCCCCCAAAUCUCUCCCAUCUUCUGAUAAAAGGAAAAACAUGUAUUCAGGUGGGGAGAAUGUACAGAUGAAUGGAGACACGCCUCAUGAUGCAGGCCAUGGAGGUGGGGGCCACGGUGACAGUGAAGAACUACAACGAACCGGCAGAUUUUGUGGUGGUUUAGUCAAAGACGUAAAGAGGAAACUACCUUUCUUCGCCAGUGACUUCUAUGAUGCUUUAAAUAUCCAAGCUCUUUCAGCCAUUCUCUUCAUCUACCUGGGCACAGUGACCAAUGCUAUCACUUUUGGAGGUCUGCUUGGUGACGCUACAGACAACAUGCAGGGCGUGUUGGAGAGCUUUCUGGGCACAGCAGUCACUGGAGCGAUCUUUUGCCUUUUUGCUGGUCAGCCACUCACAAUUCUGAGCAGCACAGGACCUGUCCUUGUCUUUGAAAGACUCCUGUUUAAUUUCAGCAAAGACCACGGCUUUGACUACUUGGAGUUCCGUCUCUGGAUUGGCCUGUGGUCAGCCUUCCAGUGUCUCAUUCUGGUUGCUACUGAUGCCAGCUUCCUGGUCAAAUACUUCACUCGCUUCACAGAAGAGGGAUUUUCGUCCCUGAUCAGCUUCAUCUUCAUUUAUGAUGCUUUCAAGAAGAUGAUCAAGUUAGCAGACUAUUACCCAAUCAAUUCCCAUUUUAAAGUGGACUAUAUCACGUUUUACUCCUGUGUCUGCAUGCCACCAGAGCCAGAUAAUAGUUCAAUAUUUAAUGAGACAACAGCGGUGUCAGUUGAUUGGCUGACCAGUUCCUCUGCUGAGAAGUACAAUAACACGAUCAAGUGGUCAUCUCUGACAAAGAAGGAGUGCUGGAAAUAUGGCGGCUACCUUGUGGGCAACAACUGCAACUACGUCCCUGACAUCACCCUAAUGUCUUUUAUCCUCUUCUUUGGCACCUACACCUGCUCCAUGGCCCUGAAGAAAUUCAAAACCAGCCGUUAUUUCCCAACCACUGCUAGGAAGCUCAUCAGUGACUUUGCCAUUAUCUUGUCCAUUCUGAUUUUCUGUGGAAUAGAUGCCCUAGUAGGUGUGGAUACCCCGAAACUAAUUGUGCCAAGUGAAUUCAAGCCAACCAGCCCCCACAGAGGCUGGUUCAUCCGACCCUUCGGAGGGAACCCCUGGUGGGUGUACCUCGCAGCAGCCAUCCCUGCGCUACUGGUGACCAUUCUCAUCUUCAUGGACCAGCAAAUCACAGCCGUCAUCGUCAACAGGAAAGAGCACAAGCUCAAGAAAGGUGCUGGCUAUCAUCUGGAUUUGUUUUGGGUGGCUGUUCUGAUGAUUAUAUGUUCCUUCAUGGGCCUGCCCUGGUAUGUUGCUGCUACUGUGAUUUCCAUUGCCCACAUCGAUAGCUUGAAGAUGGAGACUGAGACCUCAGCACCUGGAGAACAGCCCAAGUUUCUGGGAGUGAGAGAGCAGAGAGUCACUGGAGUCAUUGUAUUCAUUCUCACUGGUGUGUCUGUCUUUAUGGCUCCCAUCUUGAAGUUUAUACCUAUGCCUGUGCUCUAUGGAGUGUUCCUAUACAUGGGUGUCGCUUCCCUUAAUGGAGUGCAGUUCAUGGAUCGUCUGAAGCUGCUUCUAAUGCCUCUGAAACAUCAGCCUGACUUCAUUUAUCUGCGUCACGUCCCGCUGCGCCGGGUCCACCUGUUCACUUUCCUGCAGGUGGUGUGUCUGGCCCUUCUCUGGAUCCUCAAGUCAACUGUGGCUGCUAUAAUAUUCCCAGUCAUGAUCCUGGCGCUUGUGGCAGUCAGAAAAGCCAUGGACUACCUCUUCUCCCAGCACGACCUCAGUUUCCUUGACGAUGUCAUUCCAGAAAAGGACAAGAAGAAGAAGGAGGAUGAGAAGAAGAAGAAAAAGAAGAAGGGCAGUCUGGAUAGUGACAAUGACGAUGAGAAAAAUCACCAACAUUCCUCGAACGCCAUACAUCGUGCUGAUAAAAUUCCUUUCCUUCAGUCACACACUAUGCCAAGCCCUCCACAAACUCCAGUGAAAGUUGUGCCUCAAAUUAGAAUAGAACUUGAGCCUGAAGACCAUGGUUAUUUCUGGAGGAGCAGGGGAACAGAAACUACUUUGUAACUUUUUUGUUUGUUAAACUUAUACUGAACUUUUUUUUUUUGUCACCAGCCAAAUAUUAAAAUGCUCUCUGCUUCCCUGCCACAUAGGUAAAUCUGACACACACUGUACCUUCCCUCUAACUUUCUCACCCAGUUUUUCCACUCACCAACAUUCGUUUUUGCCUUCUGUCACUCAGACACACACGCAUCUCUCAUUUUUUAAGCAGAGGGCAGAAGUAUUAAGGAUAUAUUAUAAAUACCUUUGUGAAAUGUCAGGGGAACUGACAUUACCUUAGUUAUGAAUCAGUGUUUGUUUUUCUUUUUUCUGUCUGGCAGAACAUAACUGACCUCCAGGCUAAUUCAAUGUCUUUACUACACUACUGGAAAGUGCUGCUACACUAACUUGCUCUUAAAGUCUAUACUUGUAGUGUCAAGAGAAGGAAAACUUAAAGGUACUUCACUCCCAGCACA